GAGGCCACGGGCUAGAGGAAUCAAAGUCUUCUUGAUGGCUGUCCAGGGAGGCCUGUUGUCUCUGUGGCUGUGGCUAUGGCUGUCCUUGCUGACAGUGCUUCUGGGGGCAAGAGCGCGGUGGACAGGGGAGGGUACCACUCCUCACCUCCAGAGCAUCUUCCUGGGCCGCUGCGCAGAGUACACCACGCUGCUGAGCCUGGGGAACAAAAACUGCACAGCCAUCUGGGAGGCCUUCAAGGGGGUGCUGGACAAGGACCCCUGCUCUGUGCUCCCCUCAGACUAUGAUCUCUUCAUUAACCUCUCCAGGCACCCCAUUCCUAGGGACAAGUCACUGUUCUGGGAGAAUAACCACCUGCUCGUUAUGAGCUAUGGGGAGAACACCCGCCGCCUCGUGGCCCUGUGCGACGUGCUGUAUGGCAAAGUUGGCGAUUUCUUGAGCUGGUGUCGACAGGAAAAUGCCUCUGGACUUGACUACCAGUCCUGCCCCACAUCAGAAGACUGUGAAAACAACGCCGUGGACUCCUAUUGGAAAAGUGCAUCCAUGCAGUAUUCAAGAGACAGUUCAGGGGUGAUCAACGUCAUGCUGAAUGGCUCGGAGCCAAAAGGAGCCUAUCCCACGAGAGGGUUUUUUGCAGAUUUUGAAAUCCCGUACUUACAAAAGGAUAAAGUCACAAGAAUAGAGAUCUGGGUUAUGCAUGACGUUGGAGGGCCCAAUGUGGAAUCCUGUGGCGAAGGCAGUGUGAAAAUCCUGGAAGACAGAUUGGAGGCCCUGGGGUUCCAGCACAGCUGUAUCAAUGACUACCGACCAGUGAAGUUCUUAAUGUGUGUGGACCACAGCACUCACCCCGACUGUAUCAUGAACUCAGCCUCAGCAUCUAUGCGGAGGGAGAGCGCAUCUCUUCAUGCAAUAGGAGACGCCAGCCUUCUCAUUUCUCUCUUAGUAGCUUUGGCUUCAAGUUCUCAGGCGUGACUAGAAAAUCCCCACAGGGUUCUAACAGAAGCCAGCCUUGCAGCAACCCUUGAGUAGUCCACUGUCCUGUGUAAACUAAGGAAACCCACUGUCUCAAGACAAACCCUUCUAGAAAAACAAUGUAACCAGACGGUAAUCCAGUUGUAUUUACACUCAUGAUUCAAGAAACAAGGCAUUCAUCUAGUCCUGCUUAGCAGACAGAAGUUGCUACUGUGGAGUUAAAGUUAUUAUCUCUUAUUUGAUAAUGGUACAAAGCACUGAGACCUGGAGAAUAGUUUAAUCUUAAAUAAUUAAAUGUAUUUAUGGAAGCAUCUGUAUUUUUUAUUUUCUGUAUUUUCUUGUGUUUCAAAUGAUACAACACGUGUUUGUUAAGAGCUUCAAUUACAUGUACAGCAUAUAAAGGUAUACAUAUAUAGAUGUUAUGCAAAGAUGUAUAUCUAAAGAUGUCUAUUUAAUGGCUACUUAUGAUAAGGAAAUAACCCAAAAUGUCAAGCACACACAAGCACACACAGGUUUGGAACUGCUACAUAAGGUUUUGUAUACCCAUAGGAUGGAACGUUCAUUUGUUAAGUAAAUGUCAUGUGUGUCACCUGACUGGUGAACAGUUAAGUCAAAUGUAGUGCAUUCUGUAACUGUAGUGCAUUCUGUACUGGGCACUACUGCUCAGCCAUCAGCAGGAACUAGUAUUGAUGUAUAGUCAUAUGAAUGGCAAUUCCAGUGCAUUGUGCUAUGGGAAAGAAGCCUGACCAAAUGGCUACACACUGCAGAUAAAAAUACAGAGUUCUGAAAAGGACAAAGCUAUGGAGAAAGAGGAAUGCGGUGGAUUCCAGGAUGGGUGGGCGGGGUGCCAGAGGCAUGAGGGGGGGAGGGGCUAAGUUAAAGGAGAAGUGAGAAACACCAAGGUGGCAUCUCACAUAAACUUCUCAAAACUCUCAAAGCUGUGCAUCAGAAGGAGUAAAUCUCACAGGAUGCAAAUUUAACAUCUUUGUCUUAGGAACAUUUCAUCACAUAAGAAAAUGUUAACAUGUGUUAGAGAUGGGAUAUAAAACUACUCACAAUAUGAUGCAAGUGUUAUGAAAUAUAAUAUGAAUGUAAGAAAUACUAUCACAUUCCUUAUGUGUGUUUAUAGCAUAUGCAUACACUGUAAAUGAAUAAAAGAAAAUAACCCCAAGGAGAGUGCAGUUCUCUCUGAAUAGGGACUUCACAGCUAUUCUGUUUUUGAUCUUUGGCUUAUUAAUAUUUUCUGCUUCUUUACAGUAUAUCAAAGAAAAAAAGGAAACACACUUACCAUAUGUGUGCAGAAAUGUGGUUGAAUAGGGAACAUUUCCUGAAGAGAAUAAAACAAAAUUAAAUCCUGUCACAGAUA